AUGUCAAACCCCUAUAUCAAAAGUAUCUACCUCUCUCUUCUACAAUUGAUAAGGGACCGCGAUCGCGGUCCUAGCUCCAGGGGUUUCUUCGAGAACCCUGACCCCUUCGCGGAGGUCGCCCGUGCCUCGGGUAUCGAAGAUGACGAUGCAAUUGACUUUGAAGACACUUAUGAUGGUCUUGGUGACCAGCUCAAUGACGACCAAGAUGAGUUCAACGAUGAUACCUUUGGUGGGGGUGGAGAUACUGGAACAGGAGGCGCUGUUGGGCGGGACUUCGAUUUCUUUGGUCGCACGGCUCAGGUUGCCGAUGCCAUUGGCGAGGAGCAGAUUCGCUAUAGUCUGCAAAACCCUCGCGCCGCUCCGGCAGCUCAGCAGGAGGCUCAGGUCCCUCAGCCGGCCGCCGAACCAACUACCAAACGCACUGGUUAUGAGAAGUAUUCAGAUCCCGGAUACAUCCCCGAUUUGCAAGCCAAGUCGAGUGUCUGGGGUAAUUUACAAAAGAAACCAGAGCCAAGCCCUGCGAUGAUGUCUGCGAUUCCUUCUAUGCCUUCCAUGCCUUCUAUGCCCACGAUGCCUGCGAUGCCUGCGAUGUCUGCCCCCAAUCGGAAGAUGAUGAGCUUGGAGGAGGUAGAAGCCCAGCUGCGCAAUCAAGGUCAUCCUUUCGGACACAUGGCGACCCAAUCGAUUCACCAGCAAAUGCCUGACCCAUCUUUUAUGCGUCACCCUCAAGACUUCCCAACCCUGCCUGAGGGAUUCCCCGCCAAUAUCCCUCCGGAGAUUCUGCGGGCGCAACUCGAAAAGGGUGGACUGCCCCCACACAUGGCACACCCUCCACCCGGAGUUCAGGAGCUAACAACCUCCCCCCCGCAGAACUUGCCACCCCAGGGCUCCCGCCAUGCAGGACCCCCAGCCCAGCGCCAGCAACCUGUGCCACCCCCGCCAUCCCGAGGUCCUAACGGAGGAUUGCCUGUUAUCACAAAUCCCCAACAGCUGGUGCAUUUGACAGAGGAGCAGCGCCAGGCUUACCUCAUGGAAGACGCCAAGCGGGCGAAGCGCAACCACAAGAUUUUCCUUCUUUCUCGAGGAAACGGCUUGAUGACGCCACAGGAUAAGAACUUCAUUACUCGAAUUCAACUUCAACAGCUUGUGGCCGCCGCUGGAAAUGUCGCAGAUUCCGACCCGGAAGCUGUACUCGCAGAGGACUUCUACUACCAGGUCUACAGCCAGAUCCGCGGCGCCCCACGUCAACACCCCCACCAGCCCUUGGGUCACUUUGCUCAGACCUACCUCUUGCAAACCGGAAACCGAAUUGGAGGACAUGGAAACCGCAGAGCAUUCCAGAGUGCGGAUAACCACAUGCAGCGCAUGCAGCAGCAGGUGCAACGUGCGGUUGAGGCGGCUAAGGCUAAGCCAAAGAACAAGCAGCUUAUCAUCGAGGGCAGCUUGGGCAAAAUUUCUUUCAGCAACGCUAAGGCACCGAAACACAUGCUCAACAUCAAGCGCCCUGAUAGCUCAGAGGGAGUUCGUCCCAAGAAGCUGCAGUCUGACUUGAGCGUUGGCGACCGUAAAUCUCUCCUGGGCAAUAUUGAGGCUGUAUACAAUGCCCUGAUGUCUAUGGAAGAUAUGGAACGCACAAUGCCACCACCACCAGAGGAAGGUGAUACCGAGGCCAUUCAGGAGCACAUGGAAUGGCGACAGAAGGUCCAGUCUCUUAACCAGAAGCUGUGGCAAGCGCUGAAGGUUAUGGAGCCCAUCGUUCCCAACUCCACAACCCCACACCCUUUCAUUGCAUUCUUGUCAUACGCCAAGGGCAAGAAGGCAAUUCCUCGUAUUUUCCGCCACAUCGAUCAAGAGCAACGAGUUACUAUUCUUACUAUGAUUGUCGUCCACCUGGACAGUCUUGACGUGGUUCGCCUUGCCCAGUCAUCUGGACCUAUCGAUGCUCAGCUACCUGUGGCUGUGCGAGAAGCCAUCGACCUGUUCGGCCUCGCUGUCAUGCCAAGCUUGCUGGGCUACGUGAAUGAAGCUCCCUUUAACAUUAUCAUUGGUCUUCUUGGAUUGGUUAUUGCACAGACUCAAGCUAUUGGCGUGGCUCGGACUAAGAUUGGUCUUGGUAUCUUGACCAUGCUGCUUAGUCGUGCUGAGAUCGUUAAGGAAGCCGGCCAGGCUUCUGAGCGUGAUUGGCAGCAGUGGGUUGAAAAGUUCAACGUUCUAUUUGACAUGCUCGAGCCCGGUUUGGCCCAUAUAUUCCCUGGCUCGAUCAACUCUGGCGAUGAUAUGUAUGUCUGGCAAUUCCUUGCCGCCGUGGGUAUUGGUGCUAGCCCUGAGCAACAGCAACGUUUGGUCAUUGCUGUCAAGGACCGCGUCAUGGAAACCGUUGGCUAUAGCAAAACCCUUCCUGCUGACAUGGCCAGCCAACGCCUGGGCAAUGUCAACUUGUUCAUGCGGGCUAUUGGCUUGGACGUGGAACUUCUUGGUUAA